GUAUACGUGCAUUACAUGCGCCCAGUGGCGAUGAUUUGAAAUCAGUCUUGUUUUUGAUCGCCACAUGGUGAGUGAUGAAAAAGUAGUUGGUGAAAAAACGUUACAAUAACAAUGAAAUAACAAUGAAAUUAUCAAUUUUGCUACUGUUGCUGACUUUUGUAGCUACCUCAUUAUACGCGAGACACGUGCAUGAAACGUCGACUAAUAAAAAUCUCAAUUGCAAACACCAAAAUCGGAUCAAUGGUACUACAACAAUCAACGGUACUACAAAAAUCAACGGUACUACAAAAAUCAACGGUUCUACAAAAAUCAAAGGUACUACAAAAAUCAACAUUACCACGUCGAACGCUCCCGUAGGACGAAAUGCCAAACAGUUUCCUGAAUGUACUAGAAAGAAAAUGUGCGGAAGAUCAAACAGUACUACCACAAAUACCAAUAUGUUUCAUACGAGUAAUACAACUCAGAAGUAUACCAAGUCAAACGGUACUGGUACUGUAACCAAGAAAUUUCUGACUAUGGAUAUCCAGAAAACAACUGAAUCAGAUACGCUUCAGACAAGAUUUUUUAUAAAUCCUACAAACAAGAAUUCUGCUUGUUCGGAUGGACUAACCCGAUCCGCUAACGGGGACUGCGUUUUUAAGUUUUCGGAUGAUUAAAAUAGUAUUACCUACCAGUAUCAAUUAAAUAAAUUUGCUUGAUUAAAUAACUUAUAUGUUUACAGUAUCAUCAUAUAAAUACAUUUUUUUUUUAAAAAUAAUUAACUAUAACAUUAAAAAAUUAUGAAAGCCAAA